AUGUCCACUUCAACUUCAGGUUGGUCAAGUCAAGUGCAAUGGGGACUGACUGAGCGCCAGAGGAAUGGCCCUCUCACUGCGGCCAAACGUGUCUCAAACACAUGUCAAUACGAACAAUUUCGACACAUUUUGCCUGGUUUCGGGAAAAAUACUAUCGGCCCAGUUUUUUUCUGUGAACCUUGGGAGGAAUGUCAAUCUUUCCUAUAGACAGAUAACAUCUGAGAAAUUUCCGUUCAAACAGAAUUCUUCCUACAAAAAGUAACUUCUUGCUAAGGAUAAAGGAUUUUGGGUAUAUAAAAUGGUUUUUUGAUAGGUGGGAUCGAUACCGACGUGUACUGAGUGAAUUUUGUCCAAGAGAUAAGCAUUUUCGAUCACAAGCUGUCAACAAAUAAAUUAAAAGUAGAAAAAACUUUUUUCAUUAACCUAUAUUAAUAAGCUCUAUGUUUUCUUUUGUUAUUUUUUUGAUUCAAAAUGAAGCAAUUUGUGGAAAAACUGAUAAGAAUCGAAAUAAAAUAUUCAGGAACCCUGUUCAUGUUCAUCAACAAGAUAUGAAGCCGUCUCUAUAGUUUGCGACAAAGGAGAGUCCCUUUCUUCGGUUCUCGUAGCCCUUUCUCAUCCUCCAGCAGUCAUCGACAGCCUAGUCAUCAGCAACACACCAAUCGACCAGGUGAGAUUAAAAUCAUUCCGAGAAAAAAUGUCAAAAUUUUCAGCUGCCUGACUACGUUUUCCAAGGAUUCCACAUCAAAAAGCUGAUCCUUCGAAACAAUGGACUUCGCCAAAUUCAUCCUAGAACAUUCUCAGGAACACUUGAAAACGUGCUAGAGGAGCUUGAAAUCAAAGGGAAACUAUCUUGAUAACAUUCCACAAGAUGGUGUCUCCACGUUGCGAAACCUUCGAACUCUCUCGUUGACAGGUUUUUUCGAGAUGAUUUGACUUUAAAAAAAUUGGAUUCUCAGACAAUUUGAUCGAGUAUGUUUCGGACAACGCAUUUCUAUCUUAUCACAGUAGAGAAACUAUCGAGAGGCUUGAUCUGAGCGCCAAUAACUUGACUGCCAUCCACCCAACGGGCCUUCUAGGCCUCGAGAAACUUUCGCAGCUGUCUCUUGACAAGAACUUGUUCCAAAAUAUUCCGUCGGAAGCGCUUGCGAAUGUCCCAUCACUCGAAGAUCUGAGCUUGGGUGUGAAUCAAAUUAUUUCCGUACCUCAGAACUCCCUGCCUCUUCCAAACUUGAAAUCAUUGAGUCUUGAAGUAAACCAGGUUGGGUUUUUUGUAUGAAAAGAACUUCAGCCAUGGUUUUUUUUCAGAUCAGACACAUUCCAUCGGACAGUUUUCAAUCACUUCCGAGUCUGACCUACUUAUAUCUUGGAAAUAACCUGCUCACUUCUAUCGAUCCUUCAAUUUUCUAUCACACGAACAACUUGAAAGUUCUUUCGAUGGGGAACAACAAGGACAUCACAACCAUUCAGUCCAACUGUAAGAAGAAAAACCUAGCCCAAAUGAUCAAAUACCUCAGCUUUCCAAUUUGUACCAAAUUUGAUUCGACUAGAACUCAGCGAUUGUUCUCUCACUACCAUUGAGACUGGAGCUUUGCGAAAAGCCAACAAUUUGCAAGUCGUCAUUCUGUCUCGAAAUCAGAUUACACAGUAAAAAAAAAAUCUUUUCUGUCUAAAAAUGAUUAAAUUCCAGUAUUUCUCAUGAUACUUUCUCAAACUUGCCGCAAGCUGCUUACAUCGAUUUGAGCAACAAUGCGGUAAGAGGAUUCAAAGUAUUGAAACUGAAAAAUGAACUUCAGAUCACUAGGAUAGAAGAUUUCGCAUUCAGCCAACUUCCGAUGUUAACGACCUUAGAUUUGGGUAGCAAUAGGCUUGAGACUCUUCCGGAAAAUAUGAUCUACGACUCCUUACUGCCGAAACCGCCAUCUGUCACCCGCAAACUUCUACUCCAAAGUUAGAAAUGUCUAGUCCUUUGAGAAAGUCGUUCUUGUUUUCAGACAAUCCUUGGAGAUGCGACAAAGAUCUAAUGUGGUUGCGAAAAUGGCUUCGCGAUAAUGGAGACGUCGUUAUCUCGACGAUGAGCGGACUUACCGCCAGGUAAGCUUCUCAACUAGAACAAAGAAAAAGUCCGCUAGUCAAUUGAAUCUCCAGAAUAUUAAUGAGAGCCUUUAAUAUUCUAAUGAUAGAGGUUUUGAAGGUGUUGGACGCCGGCACACUUGAAUGGCCUCGACCUGCGCCAAACAGACCCCGCAGCCCCACAAUCCGUCAAGAUAGGAGAACAAAUGCGGAAAAUCUUGAAAGUAUGAUCUCAAAAGUUAUGAGUUAUGAAAUAACUUUUUAGCCGGCUGAAACGCUUCUUAUUCCAGUUCGAUCGGAUUUUGAGCCAGAUGCUCCUAGAGCACAUACAAAUGUGAAUGGGAUCAGUCUGGUCGGACUUGUUCUAGGUUUGUUAGAAUACUUAUUAAAAAAAACAUGAAAUCUGUCUCGAGGGCCCAGAAAAGCUUAUCAUAUUUCAUUUUUUUUAACCGGUUGCAUGUGAAAGAAAUUAAUACAAAAGAAUAUUGAAACGUUAAAAAUUUUUUAAAAAUGGAAGAGCAUAUUCCGCAUUUAUCUAUAGAUGAUCUGCAUACCGCAUAUAUCUGUAGAUGACCCCAAAAACUCUUUUGAAUUUUUUUCAGGUAUCGUUUUGUCCGUUUUUGUUCUUUGCUUGGUGCUUCUACUUGUGAUCCGAUGCGUGAUGAAGGCCUACGAAGAGAAAUCUUCCGGAAGCAACUUUGGAUCUUCGGUUUCUUCCACCGGCUACAUGGGCUCGGCGUACAGCGGAACAGGAAUUCUCAGUUCAAACGAAGCCAGAGCCCGGCGCUCCACAACCAACAGCAACAUCUACCUCAAUCGUCCCCGUUAUUGGUGGUUCUAGCCCUGUUUCAUCCUCAAACUCGUAUAUAACUCCCUCUUUUCUCCGAAGCAGUGCUUCAAAAACAUUUUUGACCAAGUUCAUACUUAUUCCCGUUCUCUAUCCUAGCCAUGACGACCUGCAUCGGUGUUAUGCAAAAGAGUUUAAAGCCUCGAACCGAGGUUACUCAGAUCUCACAAUUGAUUGUCAUUGUUUUCUCAAGUUUUUUUCCUUCUUUUUAUUUUUUUGUGUAUUUUUUUCUCAUUCGUGAAUCACGACUUCUUGUGCAUUUGAAUAAAAUAUAAAAUUGUCGUCUCAGCGAGAAAGUUUUCUAAUUUUUCUCAAAAGACUAAUUGAAGGACAUUGAAAUAAAAAAAUUAAAUUAUCAUUACGCAUUUUUCUUUUUUUGAGCUUUGAAUUUUUUUCAGAAUUAAUACUUACAAAAAAAUGACCUUGUAUAGUCCAUUUAAAUGACGAGUCGUCAAAACUCAAGGGCCUUCCGGAGAAAAAGUCACUACGCUUUUACUAUCGGGUUGGUAAGGGGUUGAUUAGGUUUUUUUUAGGAAGCCGAAGACUUGUUUUACCGGUGAAAAAAGUUCCUGGUUCAAAGUCGAAGUUUCUUCGAAGAUAUGAUUUUUCAAAUCUCAAGAGAAAAAUAUUCAUUUUCACGAUUUUUGGUUUUUUGCUCUCAAAUUGGGUCUGACUCGAGCAAAUGAGAUCUUUAUUUAAGAAAGAGUUAUUGCGCAGCUAUUUAAAAUCUGUGCGAAGUUUCAAGUCAUUUGAGCCACUUUCAGAGAAGUUAUGCUCGAAUAGCCACUUUGAAAUACCUUUAUGGCCAGUACUGUAUGUUUUCAGAAGCCAUAUAAAAGAGAAUCAUUAGUUCGAACAAAAUCAAGCUUCAAGUUGUAAGUUCUCAACUUUCUUUUAAAUUUUAAGCUUUCAUCUUUUCAAAACCAAAAGAAGAAGAGAGCCGAAAUUUCUAAUCAAGAAUGGUUCAAGUCAUUCGCUUCAAAAGCCAUUCCAGGAACUCAAGAGAAACCACACCAAAACCUCUUGGAAUGAACUUUGACUUUUUUGCAUCGUUAAACAAUGUCCUGAAAGGUCGUAUCAGAAAUCAGUGGCGGCGACGGCGGGUCAGUUACUGUUCACAGUAGCCGGUUGGCCAGAACGGCCAAACGAGAUAUAUACGGCUAGCGCCGACUGGGACGAGGAGUGCGAUUAAAGAGGAAAAGACAAGGCGACUGCGGAGAGGCCUGUUGCGUCGGCUGCGUUGACCUGGAUGAGAAUGACCAGUCGUCGGCGCUGUCCUCCGCAGUCAUGCGCGUGCCGUCGCCGCAAGCUCUGCUCAUCGGCUUCCUUAUCUGCUCCAUCGAACUCGUUGCCUCUUGCCCUCAGCCGGUUGCUCAGGUCUCGUUGACUUUGUUUUCCUAAUCGAAUAGGUAUUUUAUUAAUCAUUCCAGUUCAAAAAGUCAUAGAAGUGUAUCAAAAAAAUAGAUAAAUAAAAGUUCUGUUGCUCGCAAAUCUGGUUUUUUUCAUAUGAAUUUUUGCGAAAUCUUCUGUAAGAAGUCAGGAACGAAUAACCUUCUAUUUCGGCUGAAGAGAAAACCGGAAUUCAAAUUGUAGAAAGAUUUUGAGUUGACCUUAGGAAAAUUAUGAUGUUUUUCUUAAGAAAACUAAAAAGUAAAUUUUGAUUAAAUCAAAGCCUCAAAACUCCGUUUAAGAAUUUGAAAGUACAUAUUUUUAAAAAAAAGGUUUUUUUAAUUCUUUGAAAAUCUGAAUUAUUUUUUUGCAUUUUUUUCGAAUUUCAUUAAGCGGGAAUAGAAACAAAACCAUCAGGUCUUUCAUUUUUUUCACAAUCUUUUUCAGGUUUGUCAAUGCGCGGACCUUCACAAUGGCGUUAUCCUCGACUGCUCCAAUGCAGAAGCUCAACAAACGCUUCAAAUUCUACGAACUAAUCAGGCUCUGCUAGGCCUUAUCCAAUCACUGACGAUGAGAAACGCCCAAUUAAAAACUAUCAGCCCAUCACUAUUUUCUGGACUCUAUAUUAAAAAACUCGACCUCUCAUAUAAUAACAUCCAUGAAGUUGAUGAUCAUGCCUUUGAUGGUCUCAGCUCAGUCCUUCAAGAGCUCAUUCUUCAUCACAACAACAUCACUAAAGUCAGUUAGGCUUAAAAAUAAGAGAAUUUUAAAAUAAACGUUUUCAGCUUCCUGUAAAAGCGUUAGGAAGUCUUCCGAUGCUUUUGAGUCUUGAUAUUUCAAACAACACGAUUCCUGAGAUUGGAGAGUCUGAUAUCCUCCCAACUAUGCCAAAGGCAAGUUACUUUGUCAUUCUAUAAAACUUUUGAAAUUAGUCAUUCUGAAUUGCCAAUCUUUGAAAAAAAUUUUUAGCGAAAAUAGACUUUUUCAGCUCUAUGAUAUCAAUUUGGGAAGUAAUCUGAUCAACAACGUCCACACCAACACUUUCCAAAACAUUCGCGGCUCGAUCCAAACCAUUAAUCUUGGCCACAAUAAGUUGAACGCCGUACCAUCAUCAGGUUUGUUUCCCACGAAAUUUCUGCAUGAUUUAAUAUCCCAUUCCGGUUGACCCAAAAAUAAAAAGUGCGUGAUUGUUUGCUGAACGCUUCUCAAACAUCUUUGAACUUUCGCCUUCUUGAAAAUCAAACACGCCAAGUCUAGUCAAGGAAAACCAGUUUGAAUUUCAGCAAUCCGUGGGCUCAAACAGCUUCAAUCUCUUCAUCUCCACAGAAAUAACAUCAAGCAAUUGGAAGCGCUGAACUUCCUGAAUCUUCCUGUGCUGAACUUACUGAAUCUGGCUGCGAACCGGAUAACAGAAAUCAACCGUCAAGCUUUUCUGAAUGUACCCAAUCUUCGGUAUCUGUACCUAACGGACAAUCAAAUCGUCAAGCUGCUUCCUCACCAAUUCGCGACAUUUGAUCAGCUGGAGAUGCUCGAUCUCACCAAUAACCUGAUCGACGAGAUUCCAAGCGAAUGUUUCUCGCAGUUGUCUCAACUGAGACAACUCUACUUGGGAAAUAAUCGCAUCAAGGGAAUCGGACAGAACGCUUUCAUCAACAGUACUAUCGUCGUGUUGGUUUUAUCAGGAAAUCAAUUGACAACAGUGCCAGAAGGAGUAGUGACAGGACUGAGCAAUUUGCAACAACUCUCGCUCAAAGCAAACCAGGUUCAGUUUUACAUUAUCUUAUUCUCGAACCUUUUAUCGCCUUGAAAACUCAUUAAGACAGCGUUAGAAUUAAUCACCCGUGAGUGAGACAGACACAAAAGAACAAAGAAAGACUUAGGCCCAUCGGCCCUCGAUAUUCAAGGUGAAGGUCAAGAACAGAACUCAUACUUGACUGUGUAUAAGGUAUUUCUAUUUUCAGAUCAAGGAGAUUCACCAAAAUGCGUUCUACAACGCCCCUUCAUUGGUUAUGAUCGACCUGAGCAACAAUCAGCUCCAAGAUAUUGCUCCAUCGACAUUUUUGGCUCAGUUGAACCUGCUUCUCAUUGAUCUGACUGCCAAUAAAAUCGUCCGAACCCCUUAUGCCGCCUUCAACCGACGAGUCGGAACUGUUCUUCUCAAAGGUGAGAAUCAUGUCAAGAGCGUUCAAAAAAUUUCUUUCAGAAAACCCACUUGUCUGCACCGAAAAGAUACAUAUGCUACAGGAUGGAACAGGAAUAAACAUCCAGGAUAGUGAGGAUAUUGUCUGUGGUGGCACGCCAAAACCUAAGCUUGUUCCAACAACUCCUUCACCUGUCCAGGUGACUAUUUUUCAGGAAAGUGGACUUGCAAAGUGAACUUUAGAUGCGUAAAAUGUCGCCGAAAAAAGCAAUUAUACAGCCGCUAUCAGAAACGUCGGUUUCACCAUCAGGUGCUUUCCAACAAGCUGGACUCGUGCCAGGUCUUGGACAACUGCCAGAAGCUCCUCUCACGUCGAUCCGCAGAACUCCAUCCAGGUUCCCUGUCCAUGAACUGAAUUGAGGGAAAUCUUUCAUUCAGAUUCAUCCAAGACUCAGCCGCUCCUCGAUUAUCCACCUCUGAAGUUCCUGAAUCGGAGCAAUUACCUUCACUUGAAAACGUCGAAAUUCCUAGUCUUGAUGGUCUUACACCGGAGAUGAAACCGAUUGAGCCAAUACCUUCAUAUUUGCCGGUAUCUGACACAGAUUUUUCAACAAAAUUUGGAUCAAAUUCAGACACGAAAUGAACCAAUCACGACAACCUUGGGACCGCGACUUUACACGGACAUCGCUGACAACCCCAACCUUAUUCAUCCAUUCCCCGUGCCCUUCCUGAAACGAGGACCUCAGCUAAAUCAGUCAUCCCGAGUGAAAAGUUCUGAAACAGAAGUGAAACCUGUCGAAGUUCACACACUCCCUCCAUCCAUUUUGAUCGAGCCUGGAAGCACUCCAAAGUGAGUUCUAGAUGAGAUAGAAAGCCUAUCGAUAAUUGGUAGAUUCAAUACGACUCAACAAGAGGAAACUGAACGGUUCGAAGAAUUCGCAUUGAAGUCACAAGCUAAAGAAGUGAGUUUGAUAACUGAAAGGUCAUACUAUUUCAUUUUAUUUUCAGAUUGAUGAACCAUUCUCUCCCAAGCAACAGACGUCGAAAUUCUCUUUCCCGACGACGAUCGUUAUGAUCUGUGUUGGAACAGCAUUGGUUGUAAUGGUCGCAGUCAGCGUUGGACUUUGUGUCAGCAGACAUCGGUCAGUUCAAAAAAAUUUGUUUCUGCUGGAAUAAGCUUCUUGAAAAAAAUUUUUAAAAAAACAUAAAUUUUUUUGUCGUUAUUAUUAAAGUGAAAAUAUUCGAAAGAGAAGCUUUUUUUGGUUCUACUGAAAUAUCGUGCCGUCUUCGUAAAAUAUAAAAAAAUAGGACCCUUGAAUUUCAGCAAAAUUCUCACAAAAAAAUGGCCAUGAAACUUAUCACUUAUUUCAAGAGAUGAAAUUUAAAAACAUCGGAAGAAAAAAAUUCGUAUAAACCCUUUCAAAAAGAAAAACAUACUUGAAGAGAUUUUUAUUCCCCUACUGUGAAUUGUUUUUUACAGACAUCUCCAACGAUUCGAAUCAAGUUACUCGGAAAGCAGUGUUGCUCGUACAAAUGACUACGUUGCAGCACAAGCAAGAAUGAAUUCGAUCUAUCACACGGCUCAAGAUCCAAGGUAUGACUGAAAAAAGUACUCAAAAAGUUCAAAUCAUUCAAGGCAUUCUCGAUUAAGAUUCUAGAAAUCACAAGGAAAAAAUCUGUAUUUUUCCUUGAUAAAAAAAGACAUGGCUUUUAAAUAUUUUUUCAGGUCGAUUGGCCGAUUUGAAGAAGCUCAGCCGUGGCUUUACAACCCCGGCGCGAACUACUGUAACUACUACAAAUAG